AUGGCCAGCUACGGUCGCGCUUCAUACCCAGAAACGAAAACAGCCGAAACCCUGCUGUUCCGCUCCCACAGAUUUGAGGCCCUUCAAGAGUACGCUCACUGUUCAGCUGCCUCUAUAAUUCAGCUUGCUUGUGUCGUAGCAUUGAAGGCAUACGCAUCAGUUGAGUCCAUCAACUUCUUAGGAGAGGAUCAGGAGUGGUUACUUUGGAACACUCCCUUGUCCCCAAAGAGCCGCAUCUUCGAACUUCUCUGCAAGCCAAAAGUUGCAAGUGCCGACUCUGUGACUAUCUCGAAGGCCAAUCUCACAGAGUAUGCUCUCAUUGUAUCGUCCUUCCGUGAUGGAUGUCCCCUGAACAUGGCACAAGAGGCCCUUCCGUCUCUACAUGCUGUGAAAGCCGUACACCCGCAGACAGUCAUGGCCUUUACUGCGGGCCAAGAUCCGCUCUCUCAUAGUCUUCUUGUACGAUGCGAAUAUUCAGAAACGACCCACUCAGACUGGCGUGCGAGAAAGAUACUUUCAACAUUUCGCAAUGCACUCAAAAGCAUCAUCGCCCAGCCGAAUGCCAAUUUGUGUGAUCUCAAUCUCCUGGAUGAAGGCGACCAUCACCAAUACGAUGUCUGGAACCAGCUCGACUCGGAUCAUGAAAAAGUCUCUGUACAAGACAUGAUUGCAAGUCAUGUUCGUGGGUCACCUCUGAACAUAGCUGUUGAUGCGUGGGAUGGUACUCUGUCUUACGCAGAGUUAGACGAGAAGUCAAGCAAUAUCGCCAACGAGCUUGUCAGGCGAGGCGUCCGAGCCGAGUCCAAGGUUGCUCUAUUAUUCGAGAAGAGUGUAUGGAAUAUUGUGGCAACGGUGGCUGUUCUCAAAGCCGGUGGUGCGUUUGUGCCCUUGGAUCCAUUCCAGCCGGACGGCCGAAUCUCAAACCUCCUCGAUAAGAUUCAGCCAAAGACUGUGUUGAGCUCCAAGACAUACACCGAGCGUUUACGUGCGCUAUCGAGAAACAUUCUGUGUGUUGAAGAGCAAUCAACACAGCAGCUAUCUGGCCUUGCAACUGCACCCUUUCCUUCACCAAGACCUUGGGAUCUGGCUUACAUCAUGUUCACUUCCGGAAGCACCGGAGAACCAAAAGGGGUGAUGGUUGACAAUGCCGCCUGCUCUUCCAGUAUCGCCGCCCACGGAAAAGCCACAGGAUUCAACAGACAGACGAGGGUCAUCCAAUACGCUCGUCAUACCUUCGACGCGUCUAUCGCCGAAAUCCUCACGACUCUCAGCUUCGGUGGUUGCAUUGUUGUCCCGUCUGAAGACGAGAGAUUGAACGACAUCACCAGUGUCAUGCAGCUAAAGAGGGUAAAUUGGGCAUUCUUUACGCCUUCUGUGAUCCGACUUCUUGAACCGUCUGAGUUACCCGGACUGACAACCUUAUUAUUGGGCGGCGAAGCUGUCGGUCAAGAUAAUAUCGAGAAAUGGGGGCGCGGACGCAAUCUCGUCAAUGCAUUUGGGCCUACUGAGAACACUGUCUUCUCGACUAUGCACCUUGUUCGAUCCGAUGGGAACCCCGGAGUUAUAGGACGUGGGGUUGGUACCUUUUGCUGGAUCGUCGUACCAGACGACCCUGCUCGGUUGUCACCUCUUGGUGCCGUUGGAGAGCUGGUUCUUGAAGGUCCCCAGCUGGCGAGGGGCUACCUGAAUUUUGAGGAGGGCGAAGGGCCUAACAAUGCCUUCGUUCGUGAUCCUCCUUGGCUCGCCAAACACAAUCGACGAGGACGGCUUUAUCGGACAGGGGACUUGUGCCGCUUUGACCAGAAUGGUGUGAUUCACUUUGAAGGCCGCAAAGACACUCAGCUCAAGAUCUCUGGACAGCGGCUGGAAGCCUCCGAAGUCGAAUAUCAUCUGCGCUCAGCGUUCAAGACUCAGAGUGUUGUUGUGGACGUCGUCACGAGGCCAACUUAUGGAUCGAAAAAGAACGCCAAAGUACUUGUGGCCUUCAUUUGCCAACAAGGAAACGCCGGGAGUGACUCCGUCGAUGGCAGAUGCGUCAUGCCCAGACAGAUUCCAGCUCUUCAGAAGAUGAUACCGAAGGUUGAAGCUAUGAUUUCCAGUGUUCUUCCCUCCUGGAUGUGUCCCUCCCUCUACAUCCCUCUUUUUAGCCUGCCUCUCACCACCAAUGGCAAGGUUGAUCUCAAGCGUUUACGCCGGGAAGUUGACGACCUCCGUCCAGAGCAGUUCUAUGGUUUCUCUGAGUCGGGCCUGGAGGAUGACACUGAAGAAGCUGCGAACGAGAAUACCGAGCUCCAAAACGUAAUGCGCGGUCUUUGGGCCGGCGUUCUCGGAAUCUCCGAGGGCAUGCUAUCGGCCAGCAGCAAUUUCUUACGCCUCGGUGGAGAUUCUAUGGCCGUGAUAUCGCUAGUGUCGGCUGCGCGUAAAAGCGGUCUCGCGCUGGAAUUCGCACAAGUCUUCAAGAAUCCAAUCUUGGGAGACCUCUGUCAGCUUCCCCUGCUCCAGUCCAAGAAGUCCAUGAUUACUACACGACCCAUGGAACUUCUAGAUGGGGAAUCUGUGGCUCUUACAGAAAUUGCCGAGGAGUGUUCCAUCAUUAUAGAGGACAUUGAAGACGCUUUUCCCUGCACACCCCUACAGGAGGGGCUCAUGGCCAUGUCUUCCACAACUGCCAAUUCAUUCCUGGUCCAGUAUGUGCUUCAGCUUGGAGCAGAUGUCGAUGUCGCAAGCUUGAAAAACGCGUGGAAUUUAGUUUCCAAAGCACACGGCAUCCUACGCACUCGUCUGGUAGACACAUCGACAUCUGGCAUCCAGCAAGUUGUCGUACACGAGGCCCUACGCUGGAAUGAAAGCUCCAAUCUUGAUGAAUAUCUAGACUUUGACCUGAAAAAGGCGUCAACAUUUGGGGUUCCGCUGAAUCGAUUCGGCAUCAUCUACGAUACCAAUGGUCUAGCAUCGAGCAUGGUCUGGACUGUGCAUCACGCUAUUGUCGAUGGUCACUCUGUCGGACUCACCCUGCGAGCAGUGAGGGACGCCUUCAGAAAUUCUUUUGAAGCUACGAAAGCUUCUUUCUCUUCUUUCAUCAAAUAUUCCCAGACUUCAGCAUCAGAAUUGUCAGCCCAAUACUGGAAGUCAGUCUUUGAGGGAGGAGAUAAUGAGCAAUUCCCAAGGAAGCCGCCUUGCAUUGUCUCUGCCAACGCGAAUCCAGAGAAAGCAUUUGUUCGUCUUAAUAUGGCUCUUCCCACAUCCGGCUUAGAUGUGACUGCGACAACUAUCUUGCGUGCAGCCUGGGCACUUGUCAUUAGCCGCUUCAGCGGGUCCAGCAAUGCCGUCUUUGGGGUCACGUCAUCGGGAAGGAAUGCUUCAUUUGAUGGAAUCGAGACCGUUAUGGGUCCAGUCAUUGCGACUGUUCCGUUGCGGGUUAAGUGUGAUCGAAGUCGGACCGUGAUCGAUUUUCUCACCGGGCUUCAGACGGCCACUAUCGACAUGAUCCCCUUCGAGCAGAUGGGCAUCCAGAACAUAUCUCGCAUAGAUGCCAAUUGCAAGGCUGCCUGCGAGUUUCAGAGCAUGAUGAUCAUUCAGCCUGAAGUGGAUAUGGCCAUGGAUGGUGCUCCUUUCACUGCUUUUGAGCGACCACAAGACCUUGACAAAUUCAACUCCCACGCCGUCAUGGUUGAGUGCAGUCUCCAGGAGACUUCGGUUCACGUCAACUUCAACUAUGACACCGAGUACCUUGACCAUUCCCAAGCUUCCAGACUGGUGGACUAUUUCGACACUGCACUGGGGUUCUUAGUCGCAAGUCAAACCACACGUCUCGAGACAUUCUUUGCCCAACCUUCGGCCGAAGAUAUCAAGCAGAUACAAGCUUGGAACCAAAAACGGCCCUGCACCACCGAAGCCUGCGUUCAUCAAUUGUUUGAGACUCAAGCCCAGAUCCAACCAAAUGCACAAGCAAUCUUUUCUUGGGAUGGGCAUCUCAGCUUUUCGGAACUUGACAAGAAAGCUUCACAAUUGGCUCGAGUUCUUGUGGAUUUGGGUGUUGGCCCAGAGAGCAAAGUGGUGUACUGCUUCGAAAAGUCUCUCUACACUGUUGUGUCUAUGCUGGCUAUCCUGAAAGCUGGGGGCGCAAUGGUUCCCCUCGACCCUGCCUACCCAUUGGAGCGCAAAUCUUUCAUUGUCCAGAAUGUUGCCGCAAAAGUUGUCGUGGUAUCUUCCUCUCAAGCAGAUUCAUUCUCUGGAUUAGAUACUCCAGUAGUGACCGUGAAUCGGGCUCUGUUUGAGAACAUGGACAAGCUGCACGUUCAAGCCUUCUCGAGCGCAGAAGUCCAACCUCACCAUGCUGCCACAGUUCUGUUCACAUCUGGCAGUACGGGGUUGCCGAAAGGUGUUGUGCAAGAACAUCGCACUCUUUGUUCCGCAGCAAAUGCUCAGUCGGCAGGCAUGCAAAUGUUCAAGGGCUCGAGAAUUCUCCAAUUUUCAGCUCAUGUUUUUGAUGUCAGUGUCAUUGAGAUUGUCAACGCACUGGUCUUGGGAGCCUGUAUCUGCAUCCCAUCUGAUGAAGACAGGCUGAACAACCUUGCUGGAUUUGUGACAGAAUCCCAGGCAGACUGGGCCUUCUUCACGCCGUCCUUCGCACGCACCCUUGAUCCUGGCGACCUGCCAAGCUUGAAGACAGUCUGCAUGGGCGGCGAGGCCAUGACCGUCGACAACAUCGAGACCUGGGCUAGUCGCGUCCAACUUAUCAACGCCUAUGGGCCCUGCGAGGGUAGCGUAUGUACUGUAACUCGAAUGAGUAACAUGGAGUUCCUUGUGGGUGACAGUAUUGGCCAUGGUCUAAAUUGUCAUGUCUGGAUCGUGGAUCCCGAUACCCACGAAAGACUGCUUCCCAUUGGAAGCAUUGGUGAGAUCCUGAUCGAUGGACCCAGUGUUGCUCGCGGAUAUCUAGGGGAUCCGGAGAAAACUAGCAAGUCGUUCAUCGCCGACCCAUCGUGGACGAGUAAUUUCAAUUUUGGAGAAGAAUCAAGGAGGAUGUACAAGACUGGAGAUCUUGGCAGAUUCAACUCAGAUGGGUCAGUUUCAUACCUCGGACGCAAAGAUACCCAGAUCAAGCUUCGCGGUCAAAGAAUUGAGCUGGGAGAGAUCGAACAUCGGCUCAUCGACAUCCUCCCAGCUGGCUCUCUUGUAGCCGUUGAUGUCUUGUCUCUUUCGAGAUCCUCCAGCAAGCAUUUGGUUGCGUUUAUUCAGCUUGGCGGUCUAUUUGACAACUUCUCAGAGCGUAAGAACGCUGUUGAUGAUAUGGCGAGCCAACUGAAGACGCAGCUGUUAUCCGUUCUGCCUAUCUACAUGGUACCUACUCACUUUCAAUGUCAUGAGUCUCUGCCAUUCGGUACGACUGGGAAGCUCGAUCGGCGAAGACUCAAAGAAUACGCCGCAAACUUGGAUACUCCGCAUGGUCUGGGUGUUGCUCCAAAUGAGGGCGAAUUCAGAGACUUCGAUUUUGGAGGUAGCCUACUUCCUGAUGAAGACAUCGCCUUGUCUAUCAGCAACAAGUUAGCUGAAUUAUUGUCGAGGAAUGACCCAGAAAGAAAGCAGUUCUUGCGUGGGAGUAAUUUCAACCCCUUCUACGCCGGUAUGGACUCCGUCCAAGUCGUCUCACUUUCUACCUUUAUUCGGAAGACCUAUGGGACAAGUCUUCCGAUCAAGAAGUACAUGAACAGUGCAGCGACUAUUCGGGAUAUUGCUCGGUGGAUCGCUGAGGAUCGCCAGGUUCCCAAACAGGACGACGGGCUCGAGCUUCUGGAUGAGAUCGAGAAGUAUGACAAGUCGCUUCCAGCACUUCGGCCCCAAGACACAGCAUGGAAUGAGAAUUUCAGCCCAAAAGCGAUAUUUUUGACAGGAGCAACUGGGUUCCUCGGAAAUCAGCUUCUCUGCCAGCUCUUAGAGCGUCCAGGAGUGUCCAAGGUCGUCACUUUGGUGAGAGGUUCAACAGCUGCGCAUGCUACCGAAAGACUUUUCUCGCUUGCGCGUGGCAGUAGCUGGUGGCGCGAGGCAUAUACUUGCCGCAUCGAAGUUUGGCACGGUGAUCUCUCUCUCCCACACCUUGGCCUAGAAGACACGCAAUGGUCUCGACUGGACGGAUCAGGUACUGAGGAUGACUUGAUCGACGCUGUGGUUCAUAACGGUGCAGUUGUCAACUGGAUGGCGGAUUACCAUGCCCUGGUACCUGCAAACACGCUAUCCACCGUUCAACUCCUCACUGCCGUCGCGAGGGCGUGCGCCAGCCGACCGGUGCGCUUUACUUAUGUCUCGGGAGGCCAUCUCUCAACUUCCCCUGACAAUGUUAACGAAGUUGCAGAGGAGCUAAAGUCGUACCCAGCAUACAGCCAGACGAAGUUUGUCUCUGAGAUUCUCGUGGCGCGUUUUGCUCAGCGUCUCGCUCGAGCCGGCCAUGGGUCUCUUGUUUCCAUUGUGAAGCCAGGUCUGAUUAUGGGUAAUUCCUCUGAUGGUAUCUCCAAUACAGACGACUUCCUCUGGCGUGUGACAGCCAGCGCCCUUGACAUUGGUCUUCGUGUUGACGAGGAACCCGGCUCGUGGAUAGCUGCGGCCGGUGUUGACCUGGUUGCGAAGAUUAUCCUGGACAGCUGUCUACUCCAACCCGCCGACUGUGGCGCCAGCGUCUCCAAAAAGAUCUUGAGCGGCGUCAGUCUGGGCGACUACUGGAAAAUCGUUACCGAAGAGACUGGACGUGUCACAGAACCGUCAGACGCAAAGAACUGGUUGGGCGCCCUACAGUGUGAGGUUGAGGGCAAGGGGCCGGGUCACAGAAUGUGGCCGGUGAUGCACUUCGUCGAGGAUAAAGGAGGCAUUCUUGGCCAGCCUUUAGGUGCAAUGACGGCUGAAGAUCAAGCCGAACAUCAAGCUGUUGUUCGGAAAGCUUUGCGAAAGAGCUUGCAAUAUCUUGUGGCCAUUGGGUACAUGAGCAUCAGCCGAACGAACAGCGAGAACGGCGACAAUGCCACAUAA